AUGUCUCCUACAGCCUCGCCCAGUAUGGAUAAUGUGACAGAGAUGACCACUUCCGAGAAGGCACAAUCUCUCGACCCAGUCGAUGAAUAUGAAGAUGCUGAAAAGAACUACAAGCCCAAAUCGAUCAAGUUUUUGUCUAUUAUGAUUGCCAUGUAUAUGUCAUUUUUCCUUGUCGGAUUGGUCAGUACUCCAUCUCUCACAGAUCAACCUUCUUCAAACAAGGAACGCUCAGCUUACAAAAUUGUGAUUCAACAGGAUCGACUAAUUAUCGCAGCCGCCAUUCCGCGGAUCACGGAUGAGUUCGAUUCCAUACAGGAUAUUGGUUGGUAUGGCAGUGGUUACAUGUUAACCGCUGCCUGUUUUAUGCUAAUCUCUGGACGUGUUUAUCAGCUCUACUCCACGAAAUGGACCUUCCUAGCUUCAGUCGCGCUGUUUGAGGUGGGUUCAGCAAUAUGCGGUGCUGCACCGAAUUCCACAUCUUUUAUCAUCGGACGUGCUAUUGCUGGUCUGGCGUCUGCCGGCGUUUAUUCUGGUGGGACCAUGAUCAUACUUCCACUCGUCCCUCUCCGCAAGCGACCUGUGUUCACAUCAUUUUUCGGCCUGGUAUUUGGAGUCUCGUCCGUCCUGGGACCUAUCGCCGGUGGUGCUUUCACUGACCAUGUCUCCUGGCGAUGGUGUUUUUACAUCAACCUUCCGAUUGGUGGUGUCACGAUGCUUGUGAUCUUCUUUUUCUUGCACAUCGAGGCGCCCAAGAGGGAGAAGCUCAGCAUUUUCAACCAGAUCAAACGGCUUGAUCCGAUUGGGGUAUUCUUCUUCAUCCCAUCGAUAGUGUGCCUAACUCUGGCUCUUCAAUGGGCAGGAACCACGUACUCAUGGUCAAAUCCGAAGAUCAUCGGCCUCCUCGUCACAUUCGCUGUUCUGUUCAUCUGCUUCAUAAUAGUGGAAAUCCUGACACCUGAGACCGCCAUGGCCCCAAUGCGAGUUGUUUUGAACCGUUCUAUGGCAGGUAGCAUGUUUUUCAUGCUCCUCAUCGCCGGAAGCAUGAUGUCCGCCAUCUACUACCUAACAAUAUGGUUCCAAGCAGCCAAAAGUCUCUCAGCGACCAAGUCUGGCACGUAUACCCUGCCGUUGAUCCUGACUUUCAUCGUCAUCGGGAUCGUCAGCGCGGUCGCAACCCAGAAGAUCGGGUACUACAUACCAGCAAUGUUUAUCAGUGUAAUCCUCUGCUCGACUGGCGCCGGCAUGCUCUCCACGCUUUCUGCAGCUUCGAGUCCGAGCGCCUACUUCGGUUACCAGGUUCUCUACGGUUGUGGCAUCGGGUUUGGGUUCCAGACAUCAAUGUUACCAGCUCAGAAUGUCCUGUCACGUGCGGACGUCCCCUUGGGCAUGGCGCUUAUGUUCUUCAUGCAGCAGCUUGGGGGCUCUAUCUUCAUCGCCGUGGGUCAAACCAUUUUCUCAAAUCGUCUUGUCCGCGACUUGUCCGGCAUUGGUGGCCUUGAUGCCACCACGAUUGUCAAUACAGGGGCCACAGACCUUCACACCUCUGUGCCAGAGAACCAACUUCCAAUAGUUAUUGACGCAUACAGCAAUGCGUUAACUCGGGUUUUCCUCUUGGCUGCCGGGCUUAGUGCCGCUAUGAUUCUCGGUGUUUUGGCUGUGGAGUGGAAAAAGAUGGACGGGAAGAAGAAGGUGGUGGAGCAAGAAGUUGGAGGGCAAAAAUCUGUCGACAGUGAUAAUGGCAAGAUGGCGGAGAAAGUAGCGCAGGAGUAA